UCCGCGCAAACUAUCGUCCUGCACGGCAAAUCGAACAUAGGAGGGCUUUUUACUAAUCAGCAUUCAGUCUUGAGCGAACAAAAGUGCUGGGUCGUCGUGCAAGCCUCUGUUGGAAGCGCGAGAGACAAGGGGGCAGCAUCCGCGCGUGAUCAAUGCAUUCGCCAAAAACAAUAAGAGCGUGUGGAGAAGAGGACGGGGAACAAGAGUAGAAAUAUUCAUUUUGCAGGGAAUUUUACAGCUUCCGAAUGACAAUGGGGGAAUGGACCAUACUAGAGCGGCUUUUAGAGGCUGCUGUGCAGCAGCACUCUACUAUGAUCGGAAGGAUCCUACUAACAGUAGUGGUGAUCUUCCGGAUUCUAAUAGUCGCUAUAGUGGGGGAGACGGUGUACGACGACGAGCAGUCUAUGUUCGUGUGUAACACGCUACAGCCUGGCUGCAACCAGGCUUGUUAUGAUAAAGCAUUCCCAAUUUCCCACAUCAGAUACUGGGUGUUCCAGAUCAUCAUGGUGUGCACCCCCAGCCUCUGUUUCAUUACCUACUCCGUGCACCAGUCAGCGAAGCAGAAAGAGCGGAGGUUCUCGACUGUUUACCUUUCCCUGGACAAGGAUCAGGAUUCUAUGAAAAGAGAUGACAGUAAAAAGAUCAAGAACACAAUUGUGAACGGAGUACUACAGAACACGGAGAACUCAACCAAAGAAUCCGAGACAGAUUGUCUUGAAGUGAAGGAGAUGCCUAGUUCAGCCAUGAGAAAUACCAAGUCUAAAAUGAGACGGCAGGAAGGCAUAUCAAGAUUCUACAUCAUCCAGGUCGUUUUCCGAAACGCGCUAGAGAUAGGGUUUUUAGUGGGUCAAUACUUCCUCUAUGGAUUCAAUGUCCCUGCCGUGUAUGAAUGUGAUCGAUAUCCCUGCAUCAAAGAUGUUGAGUGCUACGUUUCAAGACCAACGGAGAAGACCGUGUUUCUGGUCUUCAUGUUCGCCGUCAGUGGGAUAUGCGUGGUUCUGAACCUCGCGGAACUCAACCACCUUGGCUGGAGGAAAAUUAAAACAGCCGUGAGAGGUGUGCAGGCUAGGAGAAAGUCAAUUUACGAGAUCAGGAACAAAGACUUGCCGCGUAUGAGCAUGCCCAAUUUCGGUCGCACUCAGUCGAGUGACUCCGCCUAUGUGUAGCGCCCAUCAGGUUGCUGGGGUCAGGCAUGGUGGAUAACAUCUGUAUUGAGACAAAGCAGAAAUAAUGAUGUGUUGGAUAGUUAAUCUCACCGAUUUCGUUUGAAGUGGGUGGGGUAGAUCCAUUUUAUUUGUCUUUUAUGGACAAAAAAAAACAAAAAACGAACGGACCAAACGUUUGUUUGUCAUAUUUAUGAAAAAAGGCACUGAUGCAACUUUUUGGUAUGGUUUAUAUUUUGUAAUGUCUAAGAUGGAGAGCCUAUGAUUUACGUGUCCACCUUUGUCCACGUCAUCAGCUGAACGUGGGGGUAAAUACGUAUUGCACUAAAUAUGACGAGCCAAACGUACCUGAUUUAUGAGAAGAAGGUAUUCUUACAGUGAUACCACCGGUUUUGAUCAUCCACUAGUGACACAAACCACUCACACCAUACACGUUUUCGUGACUUCUUAUUUAACGAAUUUCCAUUUGGUAUCAAAUUUACAGUAGCUUACAUAUAUAGUAGCUUAUUUUCAUUCUCUAUGUUUUUUGGUUGCCUGUGCUCACACCAUCGACCUUAACAUAAGUUUCACUCCAUUGCUUUAAAGCCGAGUGGCAGAACGGUAGCUGGGAGACACACUGCACAUGCUAACGUCUGUGACUUGUUAAUUUUAUUUUAUUUUAAUUUUUUUAUACCAAAGCGUCCAUUUUGCUUCCAUUUGUGAAAAAAUAUGUUAUGUUGUUUUUGUGUAUUCAAGUGCCAUAUAUGUACAUAGAUAUAUACAUAUUAUAUAGAGAGAAUAUACUAUUCAUCAUGAAAGAUACAGUCCAUGAGUGAAUGGCAACAGAUGCUAUCUUCUUUCCCUUUAAUUUAUAUUGACAUGGGUAAAACGGAAAUGGUAAGCUAAUAUUCAUAUUUUAUUUGUAUAACUGAAGAAGCCAUAAUCUUUAUGCGUUCUACAAGUAUAUCUAUGAAAAUUGAACUCGAAAAGAAAACAGCACAAUUUAAAUCUGAUUAAGUAUUUAGGUAAAGGGGACCGGGUGAUACACCCCUGGUGCUACCAUUUUCCAGAAAAAAAGAGUAAUGCAAACUGUUGAUGUGAAAAGAAACAGAACACAAAAAAAACAUAUAUUAAUGUCCAAAAAUAAAAAGAAGUGGAAUUCAUGUACCCAA